GCCUGGCCCGGCCCGUGUGGGCGCGGCGGGGUCAGGCCGGAGCCCGAGUGCGGGGCGCCAGACAGCGGCGGGGCGGGGGAAUAGGCGCCUCUGUCGGGAGUGUCCCUGUCGGCGCUGGGCCGGAGCAGGAGAGAACUUUGGAGACUGAUUCCUGUUGUCUGGCCAGCCCCAUGCACCAGUGCUAAGUUCAUCUUGAAAGCUUUAGCAAUUUGGGUAGCGCUGUACAAUGGAAAUCAGCCACUCUGUCAAAGAGCGCACCAUUGCUGAGAACAGCCUGGUCAUCCUACUCCAAGGUAUCCAUGGCUAUGUCACCACAGUCGAUCUCCGCGACGAGAGCACAGCGCUGGGCCGCAUCACCAAUGUGGACGCCUUCAUGAACAUUCGCCUGGCUGAGGUGACCUUCACAGACAGACAGGGCAGAGUCUCCCAGCUGGAUGACCUGUUUGUGACGGGCAGGAAUGUCCGCUAUGUCCAUAUCCCUGACGAAGUGGAUAUCAAGGCCACAGUGGAGAAGCAGCUGCAGCUGAUUCACAAGGUGCGCUACUUUGGAGGCCGCGACAAAGGGAGAAAGGAAUUCCCUACAGCGAGACACAAAUAAACUGUCCUGGGCAUUGCCCAGAAUCCCCAGGGAGCUCUAGUGUGAAACAAUAGCUCUCAGUUCCCUUAUAACACCACCCUCCAACUUCUGGACUGGAAAUCUUCCUGUCUCUGUUACUGUUUUAGAGACAAGAACAAACAUCUUUCAUCCUGAAAGAUCCCCUGGGCUUCUCUUUCAAAUCCCUCCUCCGUUUGUUACGGGGAUUUGGUUUUGGUUUCUUAGGGCAGCUUCCUGACAUUGGUGUUUGGGGGGGGAAGGCGGAAUGCAGACAAGGGAUCAUCCAUUGGGGUUUUAUUUUAAAUUUGUUAAGGCCUCUGUGAGACCUGGUGUGUUUCUUGCUGCUCUGGCAGGUUUUAUAUCCUGUCUCAUUCUUAGGUUGUUCAGUAAACUUUUUUCAAAUAAACCCUUUUUCCAGAAACCAA